AUGAAAGAGUACAUCUGCAAGCUCCCAACUCUAGCCACCCCAGUACCCGGGGAAGAUUUGCUUUUAUAUCUGUCUGCCUCAAAAACGACCAUAAGUGUGGUCAUGAUGGUAGAAUGGGGGGGAAAGCAAAUACCAAUAUACUUCAUUAGCAGGACCCUCAAGGGUCCCGAAGAACGUUAUAUGCCCCUGGAGAAGUUGGCCUUGGCUCUUGUCUUUGCAUCUCGGAGACUCAGGAGAUACUUCCAAGGGCACAAGGUCACCCUAAUGACAGAUCAACCCCUCCAAAAGGUGCUAAGGAGGCCAGAAUUAUCGGGUCGACUAGCUAAAUGGGCAGUGGAAUUGGGAGAACAUUCCUUAGAGUUCAAGGCCAGAACCGCCAUGAAGGGACAAAUACUGGCCGACUUCUUGGCGGAGGUCCCUGAGGAUGAGGAGAAAGAACUGUUAAGAUGGGAAGCCCUGGAGAGGGAAGAAAAAGAGAAGGAGGAGGAGGCAAUAUGGAAACUAUUCACAGACGGGGCCUCCAGCGAAGAAGGAAGCGGAGCGGGCAUCACACUGAUCAGCCCUGAGGGAGUUGAGUUAACUUAUUCCAUCAGACUAGAUUUCGAGAAUACGAAUAAUACAGCAGAGUAUGAAGCCCUUUUAGCUGGACUACCAUUGGCUAAGAAAAUGAAGGAAAGGAAUGUGGAGGCCAGUACUGACUCACAACUAGUAGUCAAGCAGUACCAAGGGGAGUACGAGGCCAAGGACAAUACGAUGGCUCAGUACAUAGCCAAAGUGAAAGAGACAGCCAAGGCUUUCAAGACCUUCAAGCUAGUAUAUAUCCCCCGCGGGAGAAACAGGAAAUCCGAUGCCCUUAGCAAGCUGGCCUCCGUGGCAUUCAAUCACCUAGCAAGAGAAGUCAAAAUGGAAGUCCUGACCUCCCCCUCUCUUGGCACAGAAGAGGUGGCUGCGAUUGAAAACGCACAAGAGACAUGGAUGACACCGAUUGUAAUAUUCCUCAAAGAUGGGAUACUACCCGAGGGAGACUGGGCUGCCAGGAAGGUAAGAGUCAAAGCUUUACAAUACGAGUUGAUUGAUGGAGAACUUUACCGAAGGUCAUACCUAGGCCCAUCCUUGAAGUGCGUCGAUAGUGAAGAAGCUAAGUAUGUAAUUAGAGAAAUACAUGAGGGGAUUUGUGGAAUGCAUUCUGUGCCAAGGACAGUAGUAGCAAAGGCGAUGAAUGCGUGA